AGCAUCUUUUGGGGGUGGUGACAGAUCCACAGAGAGGAACUAGACUUCGGGUGAGCCUCUACGGAUCAGAGACACAGAAAGUAUCUGGAAGCAGAGCUGGCCGGGCUCAUGAAUGGAGAUUUAGUGGCUGGAAAGAUGGCUUCCUGCACCUGCCCCUCGGGCCCCAUGGAUAGCCUGGAGCUCCUGGAUCUCCUGUUCGAUCGGCAGGAUGGAAUUCUGAGACACGCAGAUCUGGGCGAGGACUGGAGCCAUGUCGGGGAGCAGCAGGUCCUGCCAGCCCCGGCCUCUGACGAUUUCCUCAACUGUAUCUUGGGUUCUGGAGACUCAGUGCCCAGCUCUCCUCUCUGGUCUCCUGCAGCCAGUGACAGCGGCAUCUCUGAAGAUCUGCCCUCCGACCCCCCGGAUACCCCUCCACACAACGGGCCGAUCACCGCCCCAGCUGGCUGCCAUUUCUCGGAGUCUGGCAAGGGGCUCUGCCCCUCCUACCAUCCUGUCCCUCACAGCCCCGCCAGGCCCCUUCGGCCAGCAGCCCAAAUGCUCGAGGCCUCUGUGGCCAUAGACCUGGAAAUGUGGAACGCAGGCCUCUAUCCCGAGAAGCAGACUGAGCUGGCAGACUCGGCCCGGCGCUGCAACCUCACGGUGAAAGACCUCCUCCUCUCUGGCAGUGGUGGGGACCCGCAACAGCAUCACCUGGCAGCCCCCCACCUGUUAAGACCUGGGACUGGACACUGCCCAGAGCUGGUGCUGACAGAGGAUGAGAAGAAACUAUUGGCCAAAGAAGGCAUCACGCUGCCCACCCAGCUGCCUCUCACCAAGUACGAGGAACGAAUGCUGAAAAAAAUCCGCCGGAAAAUCCGGAACAAACAGUCGGCCCAAGAAAGCCGGAAAAAGAAGAAGGAAUAUAUUGAUGGCCUGGAAAGUCGGAUGUCAGCCUGCACUGCCCAGAACCAGGAGCUUCAGAGGAAAGUCUUGCAUCUCGAGAAGCAAAACCUGUCCCUCCUGGAGCAGCUGAAGAAACUCCAGGCCAUUGUGCUCCAAUCCACCAGCAAGUCAGCCCAGGCGGGCACCUGCAUAGCGGUCCUGCUGCUGUCUUUCGCCCUCAUCAUCCUCCCCUCCAUCAGCCCUUUUGCCUCCAACAAAGCUGAAAGUCCUGGAGACUUCACACCUGUGCGAGUUUUCUCCAGAACUUUGCACAACGAUGCUGCUUCCCGUGUGGCCCCUGACACCACGGCAAGUUCCAAGGCCCCAGGACCCCUGCCGGAGGCUGGCACACCCCAGGAAGGGUCUUCGGAAAGCCCCAGGACUCACUGGGAAUCCCGGGACAUGCUGACUCUGGACAACUUGACAGAGGAGCUGGACAAGUCGACCCUGGUCCCAGGCAACUGGACAGAGGACCUGAGCCGGGCCACCCUGCUGGACUGGGCCUCACCUGAGCCAGCACUCAGGCCAGGGCGGGUGGGGCUGGAGGCGGGGGAGGAGCUGUGACCGCCACCUGGACGUGCCACUGGGCCUCUCUGCCCAGGGGCACUGCAGCGAGUGCUGCAGUGGACAGGCAAGGGAUUGGGGGUGAGGCAGACCCCCAUGGAGAUGCUAGGAUGGAGAUGCACACACACAGCUACACACCCAGGGACCCGCACACAGGGGCAGAAACUGAUGCCCAGACACAGGGCACUCAUAAGGCCACAGAGCCUGAGAAAUACACACACAGGCCCAGGCACAGCAGGCACCAGGCAGAUGCAUACCGAGUGAGUGACCCACUGACCCAGACAGGCAUGGAUGCAUGACACGCCGCAACGGUUGCCCUGCCUGGGGACUUCUCCCUGCCCCUUCACACGCACAGAGGAGGAGGUGGCUCAGACUGUGGGGACCCUGGCCCCUGAGCACUGACUGAGCUCUGAGCUUCGGGAUGGCCAUGGCCCACAGCCACCCCCCACUUUCUCUGAGACUGCUAUGAUCCUUAAUAAAACAUUGUGACAGAACA